GCGCGCGACCAUGCCCCACCGCCCGGAGCCCGCGCUAGGUUUCCCCGCCGCCGCCGGCCACGACCGCGCGCCCGAGCGCCGCCGCAAGAAGCAGCCGCCGCCGCCGAGGCGGAGGCGACCGGCCGGCGCCGCACAGCAGCAGCCGGUGGGUCCACGCGGCGCGGCCGAUCCAGAUCCGCCGCCCGCCUCCGCGCUGCUGCCACUCCCCAGCAGCGGCAGCGGCUUCGCCACGCGGGGCACGGCUGCGCCAGAGGAGGGGACGGACGGUGCGAGCUCGGCCAGGUCGGAGGAAGAGGCGGAGGCAAUUAAUGAUUCGUUCUCCUACUCGUUAAGGGAGUGCCGGAAGCGGAGGUGGCUUAAGUCAGAGGGUUCUGGGCUGGUGCGGCCUCCAGCCUCACAUGAGCUCAAUGGUGGCGGAGGUAUUGAGCUUCUAGUGCUCUCGCCCAGGUGUUUGAUUGGGGGUAAUGCGGGAGGAAUGAGCAAGAGCUCGACAGCAUCAUCCCGGAGCAGAUCAGGCACAGGCACAGGGACGUUCCCGAGCCCUGGGACUCCGAACUACAAUCGGCAUUGUGCAGGCAACAUGCAGUACUCCAAGGGUUGGAGUUCAGAGCGUGUGCCACUGGGCGCAGGUAGCAAUAGAAGGUAUGGGGGUAGCGGGGUGGUGCUUCCUUUUAACAAUGGGAGGAAGCUGCCAUCGAAAUGGGAGGAUGCGGAGAAGUGGAUCCUGAGUCCGGUUUCCUGCGAUGGGAUUGGAAGGAUGUCUGCACCAGCUCCACAUCAUAGACGGCCCAAGUCGAAGAGCGGCCCACUUGGCCACCCAGCUGGCAUUCCCGGAGCUUACGCAGCUGUUUCACCACUUGUUCCCUGCUUUGAUGGUGUUCUUGCAGCAGCUAAUUUUGCAGCGCACUCGCCUUUCUCUGCUGGGGUUCUCAUACCUGAGCAUGGCCGCAUUGGUGAUUUCAGCAGUGGAAGAGGCAGGUCUGGUGAUGAUGGUAGCAGCAGAUCCUACUCUGCUGAGAAGGAGCCAUAUAUCUUGAGGUCUGCAAGCAUACAUGCAUGGACAGAAACACUUAUGGAGGCUUCUGCUUUUGCUAAUAUCUCAGAAGAAACCACACGAGAUGAUAAACUGCAAGGCCAGCAGGAAGCAACUUCUGUGAUUUCCAGUCCAAUCAUAAAGAAAGAUGUUGCUACACAGAUGAGUCCUGAGGAUAGCAUAUCAUCUUCUCCAAAAGCGAGGCAUUCCUGCUCUAGCCUGCCAUCAGGACAUCUGCUAAAAGAAGCAAAUACUCAUAUACCUAAACCUGAAAUCAGGGACGUGCAGGUAGAUGAUCAAGUAACUGUGACCCGGUGGUCCAAGCGGCAUGUAACACGAGGCUCUGAUAAGCGGUCAACAAAUAUUAUUGAAUGGAGGAAGAAGACUAUUGAGACACGAGCUCCAUCUUUUGAUGAAAAAGAAAGAGAAAGAUGCAUGUCAAAGUGCAAAAGGGAGGAAGCUAAGAUCACUGCUUGGGAAAAUCUACAGAAAGCAAAAGCCGAGGCAGCUAUUAGGAAGUUGGAGAUGAAGCUUGAAAAGAAAAGAUCAUCGUCAAUGGACAAAAUUUUAGGCAAACUCCGCUCUGCUCAGAAAAAGGCAGAAGACAUGCGAAGUGCAGUUUCUUCCAAUGAAGACCAGUGUGGUGUGAGGGCAAAAAAGAAGGCAUCUUCCUUUGUGAAAACUGGCAAGCCCUUCAGCUGCUGCUUUACCUACCGUGCUUGCUAGUUGUGGUGUAGUUUGUGUCUGUGGGUGAAGCAAUGGAUAUAGAACUGUUUGAGCGUUACAGCUCUUGUCAACCAACAGAUAUGGGACUUUUGACUACAAAUUUGGGAGAAGCAGUUGGCCUUCGUGCCGUGGAGGUAAUGGAUUUGUUGAAGAGAAUUUGCAGGAUGUGGUCACCGUUGUGGGGGCAGCAGAAGUCGAAGUCAUUGAGUGAAAACCACUCAUGCUGUCAUGCAUCAAUCCAACCUCUGUAAACCCAGUAGAAGCAGCUCGAUUCUUGAGCUUCAUGCUAGUUAAAUGCCAGGUUGAGCUGGUAUUCAUUCCGCUUGAUGUACAUCUUUCCUGGAAUUGAGUAUGUAAUGCAAAAUCAUGGGGGCUCUUACAUUGACACUGUAUUGAAAGGUGUUAGCUGUUGGCGCUUGCUCUCUA